AUGAAGCUCAACGUUGCUAACCCGGCCACGGGUGCCCAGAAGUCUUUCGACAUCCAGGAUGAGCGUCUCGUUCGCUGCUUCUACGAGAAGCGCAUGUCGCAGGACGUCGAGGUCGACUCGCUCGGCGAGGAGUGGAAGGGCUACGUCCUCCGCAUCGGCGGUGGUAACGACAAGCAGGGUUUCCCCAUGAAGCAGGGUGUUCUGCUCCCCAACCGUGUCCGCCUCCUGCUCUCCAAGGGCGACUCGUGCUACCGCCCCCGCCGCACCGGUGAGCGCAAGCGCAAGUCGGUUCGUGGCUGCAUCGUCGGCUCCGACAUCCAGGCUCUCCACCUCAUCGUCGUCAAGCAGGGCGAGAAGGAGAUCCCCGGCCUCACCGACGCCGAGUCGACCGUCCCCAAGCGUCUCGGACCCAAGCGUGCCAACCACAUCCGCAAGUUCUUCAACCUCUCCAAGGAGGAUGACGUUCGUCAGUUUGUCGUUCGCCGCGAGGUCGUCUCCAAGAAGGAGGGCGCCAAGCCAUACACCAAGGCCCCCAAGAUCCAGCGUCUCGUGACUGCCCAGCGUCUCCAGCGCAAGCGUCACCUGCGCUCGCUCAAGAUCCGCAGGGCAGAGGCCCAGAAGAUCCAGAAGGAGGAGUACGACCAGCUCAUCUCGAAGCGCGUCGCCGAGAAGAAGCAGGAGGUCGCCGCCCACAAGGCUGCCCGCAAGUCGGCCAAGGUCCAGGCCUAA